GGUGACGGCAAAGGCAAAAAAACACUGCUUAAAAGUUUUGUCUGGGUUAUCUUUUCUACAUUUUGAGUGCUGUGCCUAGUCUUUAGUCAAAACUAGUCCUUCAGUGCUAGAAUCAUGGCGGACAUUGACGAAGAAGUGACAGCUGAAACAUCCCCCGCACAGGAGCCCGUCCUGGAAGAGCAGCAGGGGCAGCCAUCCACAACCACUUCUGUUUCAGCUCAAAACGAUGAACCUGCUCAAGGAGAAGAAUCUAGUGAGCCUAAGCCUCCUGCACAAGAAGAGAGUGCCCCAGAGCCAGGGCCUGAUGAGAUAAAGAAAGAUGCUGUCCCUCCAUCAAUAUCUGGUAAUCAUCUUAAGCAACUGCUGGUCGGAACUUUGCUUCAUAAAGCAAAGAAAGGUUCCAAGACUCUCCCAAGGCUGUACAAUAUUUCUACCGAUCUUGUGAGACUCGUGUGGAACUCUAAGAGAAAACCAGUUGCUAAGGCACAAAUUCCUCUAUCUCAAAUCCAAGAAGUCCUCAGAGGCAGAAGUACUGAUUCAUUCAAGCUCCAUCAAACCACCUCUGACGAGAAUUGUUGUUUUUCAAUACGCUAUAACGAAGGGCCCAGUGCCAAGACACUCGACCUUAUUGCUGCUACGCCAGAUGAAGCUGAUUUGUGGAUCAACGGAUUACUAGCACUAACUUUCUCAGGUGUGUCCCAAAGCACUAGUGAUGUAAGAAAAAGGUGGCUGAGAGCUUUGUUUGAUGAAAGUGAUGAGAAUGGCGAUGGAGACUUGAGCCUUAGAGAAAUUGUUAACAUGAUGAAGAGACUUAACGUUGGAAUAUCUACUAAAAUAAUCAGGAAAAUGUUUAAAGAAGCUGAUAGUGAUGGCAAUUCUGAUCAAAAACUCAAUUUUGAAGAGUUUUCUGCUCUUUUUCACAAUCUCGCUAACAGGCCAGAACUAAAGAACCUCUUUACUCUUUAUGCUUCAUCCGAUGAAGGGAGUUAUAUGACAAUCCAAGAUCUUACCUCUUUCUUAGUCAAUGCGCAGAAUAUGAGUGAAGUCACUGAUGAUUAUUGUCAGAGUAUCAUUGAGAGAUUUGAGCCAUCAGAGGAAGGGAAAUCUAAACUAUUGCUUAGCCUUGAUGGUUUUACCCAGUACAUGUUGAGUCCUGAUAAUGACGUGUUUAAGCGACAGCAUAAAAGCGUUUAUCAAGACAUGACACAGCCAUUAUCUCAUUAUUUCAUUGCCUCAUCUCACAAUACUUAUCUAUUGGAAGAUCAGUUAAGUGGUCCGUCAUCUGUUGAUGCUUAUAUCAAAGCUUUAAACAAAGGCUGCCGUUGUGUUGAAUUGGAUUGUUGGGACGGCGAUGACAAUGAGCCAAUCAUAUAUCAUGGGCAUACACUGACCUCCAAGAUAUUGUUUAAAGAUGUUAUAGUUGCAAUCAAGGAGCAUGCCUUUACUGCUUCACCGUAUCCUGUUAUUUUGUCCAUUGAGAAUCACUGUGGCAUCAAGCAGCAGGCUGUAAUGGCUGAGCAUAUGAUUGACAUAUUUGGUGAAAUGUUGCAUAGAGAUCAGAGGGAUGAGGAAAGGGGUGUACUACCCUCCCCUGAAGAAAUGAAAUAUAAAAUAUUGAUUAAAGCCAAGAAGCUGCACCCAGAUCAGGAGGAUAAAAGUGAUGGAGAAGGUGAAGUCACUGAUGAAGAUGAAGCUGCUGAAAUAGACCCUGAGGAUAUAAAAAAGGCUCAAUCAUCAAGUGAUAAAGGGGCUACUGCUGAUCCUGUUGAACCCACUGGUGCUACUGGGAAUGAGUUAACUGUUACAGGGCAGCCAGAGGCAAGGAGAGUGGUUGAAAGUAAGAAGAGAUCCUUUAGGAGAAGGACUAACACUGCACCCAGUAAUAAUAAGCCAACUGCUAAGCGAAAGUUGUCCAGUAAACUAUCAAAAUGUGUCAAUUACGUUCAGUCGGUUCAUUUUAAAGGAUUUGAUAGCACUCAUGAAAUUCCAUUCUUCCACAUGUCUUCAUUUGGUGAAUCCAGUGCAUUCAAAUCUUCCGAAGAAUCAGGAGCACAUUUCCUCGAGUAUAACAAGAAGCACUUGAGCCGAACCUAUCCAUCAGGAAGGAGGGUUGACUCCAGUAACUAUGAACCCAUUAAUAUGUGGAAUGCUGGCUGCCAGAUAGUUGCCCUCAACUAUCAAACUCCUGGUAAAUCAAUGGACUGGAAUAUGGGGAAAUUUCAACAAAAUGGAGGAUCCGGUUACGUAUUGAAACCUGAAAUAAUGAGAGAAGAUUUUGCUUAUUUUGAUCACAUGGAUAAAGCUGGUCCCAGUGGAAUAUCACCAAAAGUUGUUACUAUUUCAAUCAUCAGUGGACAGCAGCUCCCUAAGCCAGAGGGUGGAUCCACUACAGGGGAGGUUAUUGAUCCAUACGUACAGAUACAGUUUGCUGGAUUACUUAAAGACUGCGCUCAGUUUAAAACUAAAGUUAUAAAUGAUAAUGGUUUUAAUCCAGUGUGGAACGAGACCUUCCAAAAGAUUGUGUGCUUCCCUGAGUUAGCAUUGAUUAGGUUCAAAGUUAUGGACUAUGAUCUAUUGUCCAAGGACGAUUUCAUUGGACAGUUCACUCUACCACUAGAUAGCAUUGAGACAGGAUAUCGUCAUAUUCAUUUACGUAACAAAGAUUGGGAAUUACUUGACAAUGCUACCCUAUUUGUUCAUGUAACUGUUGAAGAUCUUGUUGCUCCUUCACCCAAAUCAAAGGAACGAUUAAGAGUUACUGCUGUCAAGAAAUCAAGACAGUACACUUUAAUGAAGUACUGUCAAUUCCCUCCUAUUGAUAAUUUACUGAGGCCACUCAAUUUAACGCUAAAGACUGGAACUGAUCUUGUAGAGGACACUGCAUUUGCUACUCUAUUGUUUAAGGAUGCAUGUUGUAAAGCUAAUCUAUCAGAGUCCAUUGAAGCAAUGUUCCAGCAAGCUAAGUUGCACAAUGUGAAACUGCAUCUAUUCAAAACUGAAGGGGAGAACUUUGCUUAUCAAGUUUCACCUGUCAGUUCAUCAAGAUCGCCAUCCUUGCAUAGAAUGCUACAAACAUUUGACAGGCUUAAUGCUCAAAUUAUAACGCUGCUCAAUAUAUCACCAUCAAUUAUUACUGAGUUGGAAAGUGUUUUGGAAGAAAUCCUCCAACAAAAAGAAGAAUUUAAUAAAUCUUUGUCUCCUCUGACCCCACCAAAAGUUCAGCAGGCAAAGGCUGCUUAUUCUUUUAAUAUCCGUACACUCAAGAAUGAUCUGAACCAGUUGAAAGGAGCUGUCAGCAAAGCUAAUGAUACACUGGCCAAGAUACCUGUCAUCUGUGAGAAGUGUUCUGUUGAAAUUAAAGAUAAUGCUACUACUCCUGAUGCUCCUGAUUCUGAUCAAACCAAGGAUGACACUGGGGAAACUGUUGCUAAGGAAAAAGGAGAAGAUGUUGCUAAGGAAGAAAGCACCAUUGCCAAGGAAGAAGGUGCCGUUGCUAAGGAAGAAGGUGCCAUUGCCAAGGAAGAAAGUGCAGAACCUUGAUUACAGAUGAAAAUAUAGAAACUAUUAUUAUUAUUAUUAUUAUUAUUUUAACCAUAUAAACAUAUCUAACUGUGUUAUGAUGCUUGUGUGCUUUUAGUUCAUAGAAAUGUUCUACUUUUAUUAAAA